AUGGAAAACUCCGAUUCUACCGCCUCUGUUCCUCCGCCUGCUCCUCUCUCCGUGAAGAAAGAGAAUGUGAUGCCGAUCAACCCUAAGAUUGCAGAAUUGACUGAAUCGCGGCAGGAGCUUCUCACUAGAAUACAGAAAUUAAAAGAGGAUCUUCAAGGUUGGAGGACGAAGUUAGACACUCAAGUUAAGGUCUACCGUGAUGAACUUUCAGAGCUUAAGAACUCCCUAAAUACUGAAGUAGAGCAACUUCGAUCAGAUUUUCGAGAACUGAAGACCACUCUUCAGCAGCAGCAGGAAGAUGUUACAACUAGUCUGAGAAACCUAGGGCUGCAGGAUGUUUCAGCAGAAGCCAAAGAGACUGAAGUCCCCAUUGUUGAAAAGACUGAUGAAAAAGCUCAAGACAUCCCAAUAGGCGAUAACGGACCAGCAGAACAACCUCUACCAGCCCUGCAAUAUCAGACGUGGGUUCUGAAAGUUUCCAUCCACUGCCCAGGCUGCAAAACGAAAGUCAAGAAAGUUCUUCAAGCCAUUGAAGGUGUUUAUACAACAAAUAUCGACGCACAGCAGCAAAAAGUUACAGUUACUGGAAAUAUUGAUGCACAAACACUGAUAAAAAAGCUGAUGAAAAAUGGAAAACAUGCAGAGUUGUGGCCGGAAAAACCUGCCGGGAAAGAGAAGAAGUCAGGAAAAUCAGACAAACCAAAAAACAGUGACGAAGAAGUGGAAGAAAAUCCAGCUGAGAAUAAUCCUGAAGUGAAAAUAAGUAAUUCUUCUCCUGCAGUUAAUGGUGGUCCAACGGUGAAAUUCGUUGGAGUUGACACCGUUCUUGAGUCAAAGUCCCCGGAAAAUGUAGUCGGUGGGGAGAAAUUUCCGGAAGUGGAGCAAAAGAGUCACCCUAACGGCGGAGCUGGCGGAGGCGGAGGUGGAGGACAAGGUGGUGGUAAAAAUAAGAAAAAGAAGAAAGGGCAGAAAGGGAAUAACAAUAACAAUUCAGGUUCAGGUGGUGCACCAGCGAACAUAGGAUUGGGGAUUCCAAACAUGGGUUCCACUCAAGUUGUUGAUCAAACUAAUCUGAGCUCUUCGUUUCAGAAUGUGAUACACUAUCCAUCAAGUUAUGGGCCCCAAGAGGCAUAUGUGGUGAGUUACAAUGCUACGUACCCCACCGCAGGCGCGAGUACUCCAAGUUAUUACAUGCCUGUGUCCUCACCGUAUUUGUAUGGACAUGCACAGUCGGAGGGUUAUCAAGCGAUAUCUACGCCGUUGGAUUCAUUAGAAAUUUUGAGUGAUGAGAACCCUAAUGGAUGCUACAUCAUGUGA